AUGUAUCGCGACCGCACCAAUCUGUUCCUGUCGUACCAUCGGACGUUUCCGCAUCAGCGGCACUGGCGCUCGCAGCAGGGGCCGGGCGCGGGCGGUGAGCCUGGGGACGUGGAGGCGGUGGGCGAGAUAGGGGCGGCGGAGGAGGCGCACCCGAUGCUGGAGAUGGCGCAGAAGCAGGCGGCGCAACUGCCGCCGGGGUUCUUCGAGGAAGUGCAGCGGAUCGACGCGGAGCUGGCGGGCAACGACGUGCACAUGGUGGCGCUGGCGAAGCUGUACCGCAAGAACGCGCUGCCGGGAUUCGUGGAUAAGACGGCGGACGAGCGGGAGAUCGAGGCACUGUCCUUCAAGACGAUUGCGGGGUUGCAGCGGUGCUACGAGGCGAUCAAGCGGCUCCAGGCGGGGCGUGAAGCGCAGCGGUUCCAGGGGCGGGCGCUUGGGCGCGGCGAACUGGCGAUCCUGGAGAACUGCUGCCGGGCGUACGCGGCGAAGAUCCAGGCGGCGAGCCACCGGUUCCGGGUGAUGCAGAACAACUACCUGAAGUUCCUGAACAACGACGACUUCAAGCCGCUGCCCGCGGCGACCAACGACCAGGAGACGCUGCAGCUGCUGGAGGAGGAGGGUGAGCGGGAGGCACAGCAGGAGCUGGACUCAUAUUCGCAGCAGACGCUGCAGAAGCAGCGACAGAAGCAGCGCGAGACGCAGUACCUCGAGGACCGGGACGCGGAAAUCACGCAGCUGGCGAAGGGCGUGCUGGAGGUCAGCACGAUUUUCCGCGAGAUGCAGACGCUGAUCCUCGACCAGGGGACCGUGGUGGACCGGAUAGACUACAACCUGGAAAACACGAACAUAGACCUCAAGCAGGCGCAGCGGGAGCUGGACCAGGCCGUGGGCUACCAGAAACGCACGCAGAAGUGCAAGGUGAUCAUGCUGCUGUCCCUUUUGGUGGUGUUCUUUUUUUUUGUUGUCCUGUUGAAGCCUCGCAGCAGCGGCACGCCCGACAAGGGAGCAGGCGCCAGACCAGAGGACCGCCCAGCCGAGGACCGCAAUUGA